GCAGACGACAGACAGACAGACAGACAGACACCCCUUGAGGAAGUGGCCGGGGCUGCGAGAGAAAACGAGGAAGCAGCGGCUCCCGCGGAGCCCAGCGCGGGUCCAGCCCCGCUCCCGGCGCUUCGGCGGCCCAGCACGGCUCGGCACGGCUCCGCACGGCUCGGCACGGCCCGGGGGAGCCGCCCUGCCCCGCUUCGCUCCCGGCGGCAGCGGCAGGAGGCGGCGGCGGCGGCGUCCAAGCGAGAGGCGCUCUGUCUAGCAGCAGUGAUAGCCUCUAUGGUAUUAAACAUUACGUUGGCUUCUUAAAAAGACAAAAAAAAUAAAUCAUGGCUUCCAGUAUGACUAACCCAGCUAACCAUUUGCCAUACUUCUUUGGCAAUAUUACACGUGAGGAAGCUGAGGAGUAUCUGAUGCAAGGAGGAGUGAGUGAUGGACUAUAUCUGCUUCGCCAAAGUCGGAAUUACCUUGGAGGCUUUGCCUUAUCCUUGGCCCAUGGAAGGAAGGUUCAUCAUUAUACAAUUGAGAGGGAGUUGAGUGGCACAUAUGCUAUUGCAGGAGGGAAGUCUCAUGCAAGUCCUGCUGAACUAAUUAACUAUCAUUCAGAGGAAGCAGAUGGCCUAAUCUGUCUACUGAGAAAACCUUUCAACCGACCACCAGGCAUUGAACCCAAAACAGGGCCCUUUGAAGAUUUAAAAGAGAACCUCAUCAGAGAGUACGUCAAACAAACUUGGAAUUUGCAGGGUCAUGCUCUUGAACAAGCUAUCAUAAGUCAAAAACCUCAGCUGGAGAAAUUGAUUGCUACUACAGCCCAUGAGAAGAUGCCUUGGUUCCAUGGGAGGAUUUCUCGGGAAGAAUCAGAGCACCGUAUCCUCGUUGGGUCAAGAAACAAUGGAAAAUUUUUAAUUCGAGAAAGGGACAGCAAUGGUUCCUAUGCCCUGUGUCUGCUCAACGAUGGAAAAGUACUGCAUUACCGUAUUGACAGAGAUAAGACAGGAAAGCUCUCCAUACCAGAUGGAAAAAGAUUUGACACCCUCUGGCAGUUAGUUGAACAUUAUUCAUACAAACCAGAUGGAUUAUUAAGGGUUCUUACCAUCCCCUGUCCACGACUUGGCUUAGAAAGUGAUAAUGUUGUUUUUGACACUCGUCCUCUUCCUGGAACCCCUUCUAAGAGUUGGGCAAGAGGUGGAAUUAUCUCAAGACUCAAAUCGUACACCUUUCCAAAGGCUGGCAGCAAAAAGCUUCAGCCACCUAUUGGCUCCCCGUCUGAUGACCAAGCAGCUUUUAAUCCUUAUGUGCUACAAAGGACAAGAGGUCUUAUAGGCGCAGAGAAAGGUGAUCAGAGGGAGGCCUUACCCAUGGACACCGAGGUCUAUGAAAGUCCAUACGCUGAUCCAGAUGAAAUGAAACCAAAAAAUGUCACUCUUGACAGGAAAUUGUUAACCCUGGAAGAAGGAGAACUUGGCUCUGGCAAUUUUGGUACUGUAAAGAAAGGGUUCUAUAAGAUGAAAAAGGGUGCCAAGCCAGUGGCUGUAAAAAUUCUUAAGAAUGAGAGUAAUGAUCCAGCUGUAAAGGAUGAAUUACUGAGAGAAGCAAACGUAAUGCAGCAACUGGAUAACCCAUAUAUUGUCCGAAUGAUAGGCAUAUGUGAAGCUGAGGCUUGGAUGUUAGUAAUGGAAAUGGCUGAACUUGGGCCGCUGAACAAAUUUUUGCAAAAAAAUAGACAUGUCACAGAAAAGAAUAUAACAGAGCUGGUACAUCAGGUUUCCAUGGGGAUGAAAUACCUGGAGGAGAAUAACUUUGUGCAUAGGGAUCUGGCUGCAAGGAACGUGCUAUUAGUCACCCAACAUUAUGCCAAAAUCAGUGACUUUGGACUUUCUAAGGCUCUUAGCGCUGAUGAAAAUUAUUACAAGGCACAAAGUCAUGGAAAAUGGCCAGUCAAGUGGUAUGCUCCAGAAUGUAUGAAUUUCUACAAGUUUUCUAGCAAAAGUGAUGUCUGGAGCUUUGGGGUUUUAAUGUGGGAAGCUUUCUCUUAUGGGCAAAAACCAUAUAAGGGAAUGAAAGGUGGUGAAGUCGCACAGAUGAUUGAAAGAGGAGAACGAAUGGAACGUCCUGAAGCUUGUCCAAUAGAAGUCUAUAACUUAAUGAAAUUGUGUUGGACAUACAAUGUGGAUGACCGACCAGGAUUCAUUGCGGUUGAGCUGAGAUUACGUAACUACUAUUAUGACAUUUCCCAGUAACAACAUGAAGAACAGCAGCUGCCUUGCCUUCAGCAAACAUCUUCUAAGAAGCAGUUCAGUUUCCAAAACCAAGUGACUUGGAUUUUUGUACUUCCACUUUCACCAUAUAAAGCUCAGAGCUAAGCCCUGUGUGUAGGUUUGCCUUUUCUUUCUUGCUUGCAGAAUAGCAAGCUCCAAAAUAAAGUUGAAAACAUUGGGAAUACAAAGUGUUCAAAUGUAAGUGCAGAUGCUUAGACUUUUGCUGCCUUCCAUUUCAUUUUAUUUACAGCUUUAUAGGCUUUAUAUUUUUCUGUCAUGUAAAAGUAUUUAAAGUCUUUCAGCCCUCUUCCUGUAUUGUAUUUGAGUUCAGAUGGGGAUUUAAAUUCUUGUAAAUAAUUUUCUUAGCUCUUAAAUAAACCAAGUAUUGUUCCAGCUUUCCCCCUACCCGAGGAAGAAUAGCAUAAACACUUUUCACAGUGAAGGAAAUUCGCAGUGAAAGUGCCAGUCAUUUUGACUGACAGUGUGUUUGAUUUUACCCCCAAGCUGCUUUAUAACCAAAUUGUGUUCUCAGUAGUAAUGCAAGCAGCAAGAAACUGGGAGAUGAGAAUUUCUAACACGUGGAAAGAGGAAUCAUCAGCUCUUAACCUUUAAGUGUUACCAACUCCUCUCUUUCCUCACCUCAUGUAGAAGCCAGCUGUCCAUCAGGGUGUUUUUUUUUUUUCCUGGUGGAACCUGGGAACUCAGGGACUUGCUCUCACCUUGGGACAAAGUGUAUCAGCACCUUAGACAAUGACUCUGGGUUUUAGCCUGAAGUCCAUAAGUGUGGCUCCUGAAAAGGCAACUGUACAUUGAAAGGUGAAGGAGCAGAAACUUUUUCCUUUGUGUGGUCUGAGCCUUCUCUAGAGAUAUCUUUUCCAUGUACCUCUUUGGAUAUACCAAAGCUUCUUGUAUUUUGUUGAGUGGCAACCAUUUCUUUUUUCAAACCUUUCUUGAAAAGCAUUUGUGAGAAUUCACCACAGCUCAUAACCUCUGAAGCUAAGUUUCACUCACAGAUCAAAUAUUUUAAAAUAGGCUUAA